CAACUCUAAAAUGGCGUUGUGAUACUUAACACAUUUUUGUAAAUUCUGCUCAAUUUCUUCAUCAUCGUGACCUAAAUGAUUCUCAAGAUGGGCGGAGAAAGUUACAACAUGAAUUCAUGCCAAUUUGACUUUAUAAAAGAAGAAUCAUACACAAGAAAAGGUUGCUUCGUAACAACCCCCAAAGCGAUUCUUUACGUUAUCAUUGCGAUUAUUUCAUUGAUUAUCGUAGCUUUAGUUAUGUACUAUUACGGUCCUUAUUCUUCAGUUGUUAAGACGAUUGAAAAAUCCAUGGACAUUGAGAAACUUCUUAAUGAUUCAGUAGGAAAUAUAUCCCAAGAUAUUCGAUUACCAAAAGAUUUAGAACCGACUUUUUACCAACUCAAAAUCGACCCUAAAAUCGGCUUCGAAAACAGCGACAUUUACGAAGGAGAAGUUACAAUUCGAUUCAAAUGCAAAUAUAAAACUAAAACGAUCGUUUUAAAUGCCGAAAAUUUGGAUAUCAAUAACAUUGAGGUGUUUCGAAUCGAUUCAGUUCAAAAUCGAACGAAAAGGGACGUUUUAGAUAAUAACACAAACGAAAAUUUAAAUGAAAUUGUCUCAAAUUCCACAAAUUUUGAUUUAUCAAAUUCGUCUUUAAAUUUUGCGGAUUCUGAUGGUUUUUCGACUUUAAAUUCAGUUAAUGAAGAAAUAACAACUAUUUCAGGGUUAAAUUCUUUUGAAUCGACGAGUUUUAGCGACUUAAAAUCGACUACGAUGGCUUCUAGGGUUAUAGAAAAAGAUCGGAUGGACAAAAAUUAUAAAAAAUUACCGGAUGAAAUUUUAUCAACAACUUUUAUAAACAUAACAACUCAAAACAACGACCCAGAAAAUUUAAAAUAUUCGAUUAGACUCAAAAAAGAUUUAGAACAAAAUAAAGAUUAUCUGCUCAAAAUCAACUUUAAAUCGAAUAUAACAGAAGCGUUUCACGGACUUUAUAAAAUCAUUAGCGAUAAUAAAAGUUUAAUUUUAGCAACAAAGCUGCAUCCAAUUUAUGCUAGGAAAUUAUUCCCAUGUUUCGAUGAGCCAAAUUUCAAAGCACCUUUUCAAUUAACAAUAAAAAAGUCGAACGAAAACCACACCGUUCUUUCAAAUUCGGAUCCUUUUAAAAGUUUUAAAGAUGAAAAUGGAUCGGUUUGGGAAGAAUUUCAAGUUACAAAUUCGCUUCCAGCUUAUUCGUUCGGUUUUAUUAUCGGGGAUUUAAAUAAAAUCGAUGAAGAAAUGUUUAAAACUAACUGUUUUAUAAGAAUUUGGAGUUUAAAUCAAAAUUCCUUCAUUAAAGGUGUUUCAAAAAAAAUUUUUGAGUUUACUAAAAAGAUUUUGAUUUAUUUUGAGGGAUAUUUUCUUAUUGAUUUUCCUUUGGAAAAGAUUGAUUUCGUUUUUUUGAAAGAUUUAAGGUUUACUACUCCGAAUUCGGGAUUAAUAUUUUUAAAGGAAGCUUUAAUUUUAAACGAAAAAGAUUUAUUUAAUGAGUUGUCGAAAAGCUUGAUUAAAGAGUGGGUUGGAAAUUUGGUUUCGAUUUCUUGGUGGGACGAUUUCUGGUUUAUAAACGCCUUUUCGGUGUUUAUUUUGGAAGAUUUACAAUUGUCGGAAAAUUUGGAAUCCGAUUUCGUUUUGGAGGUAACCCAAGAAACUUUGCAAUCGGACGAUUUAAAAUCGGCUCUAAGUUUGGAGAGUGAAGUUGAAAAUGUGAUUCAAAUUUACGAUAUCGCCGAUAAAAAUAAGUAUAAUAAAGGGGGGUGUCUUUUAAAAAUGUUAAAUUUCAGCUUAGCCCCGUUAACUUUCCAAAAAGGGGUUCAAACUUUCUUAAAAGAAUGGAAAAAUAAGUCAACAGGCGUGAAAAAUUUAUGGAAAUCGUUCGAUUUAGUAACAACUAAAAUCGAUAAACUCCCCGAAAAUGAAACGAUUUCGAAAAUAACCGAAUCGUGGUCAUCCCAAGCCUCAUUUCCUUUAGUUUCGGUUAUAAAAAACAUCGAAAACGACACCCUAAGAAUAACCCAAAAGAGAUUCCACGACGACUUAGACAAUAAUUUAUGGGCAAUCCCAACAAAUUACAUAACAGGAAAUAACAUCGAAGAAAAAUUUUUCUGGUUAACCAAAAAACUUCAAACUCAAGAAGUGAAAGAUUUAAAAUCAAAAUGGGUUCUACUUAACUACAAUUACAACGGCUAUUACCGAGUUAAUUACGACUUAGAAAACUGGAAAAUGUUAAUAAAUACCUUACACGAGAAUCAUUUAAAAAUCCCCAUAAAAAAUCGCGGCCAAUUAAUCAACGAUGCCUUCGAAUUAGCCGAAAAUGGAUUUUUAGAUUACCACGUACCGUUUAAUUUAACUAAAUACUUAAUAAACGAAACCGAUUAUAUCCCGUGGGCUUCGGCGUUAAAAAGUUUAGAAUUUAUUAAAAGCAUCUUAGAAACAACCUAUUUAAACGGAGAUUACGAAGAUUACAUCACAAAUUUAAUCGGUCCAAUUUAUGAUAAGAUCAAAGAAAAUGACCCGAAUAAAAACGAAGAUAAAGAACACGAAGUUAAAUUUAGAAAAUUAAUUAUUGAAACAGCUUGUAGUGUUAAUUAUCAAAAUUGCACUAAAUGGGCUUUAGAGAAAUUAAACGAUUUUCUUAAAAACACCGAAAUUGAAAAUUUUCCGCAUCGAAAAACAAUUUUAUGCACAGGGAUCCGAUUAUCAGGGAGGAAAGAGUGGGAAAUUAUUUUUUCGAAAUUAAAAUUGAUUCAAGACGACGUCGAAGAUUUUUAUUAUGCUUUGGGUUGCACGAAACACGCCUGGUUAAUUAACAAGUAUUUGAGCGCUACUUUAAACGGAACAAUUCCGAUUAAAUACGUUUCGAAUGUUUGGAAAUCAAUUCGAAACGUUCCCGGAAGAAAUGUCGGAUUUAAAUUUUUAAGAGAAAAUUGGCGAAAGAUUUAUCAAAUUUACAAAGAAAAACGAUUAGUUUUAAAAACGAUUAUUCAAGAUUUUCUGUUUUAUCUUUCAACUAAAAGCGAUAAAGAAGAUUUGACGUUGUUUUUUGGAAAAUUUAAUGAGGAUCUUCAAGGAUUUUCGUAUUUGUUAAAGGUAGUUGUUGAUCGAAUAGAUUCUAGAAUUAUUUGGAAGGAAAAAUAUUUGGAUGUUAUGGAUAAAUGGUUUUCUUCAUGAAAAAUAAUUUCUUGUAUUAGUUAAAUUAGAUUUUUUUUUUCUUAAUACAUUUCACAAUAAAAUAUAUAAAAAAAAUGUCUCCUCUUAUCAUCAUAUUAAUGUAAUUCAAUGCUAAAAGAACAAGUCAAGCUCUAUGAGACGCUUGUCAAAGAAACGACAAAUUAGAGAUUAAUAAAAAGAAAGG